UCAAUAUGAAUGGUCUGAUGGUUCAUCGCUUGAUUAUUUGGUUGAACGUUUAUCAAAUGAAGAUCCGGAUGAGGAACGAGGUGUUUGUGUUGCAAUACAAUUCAAUAUCAGUAAUAAAUUACUCCAAAAACAAUCAUUAUAUAAUCUUUUUGGUAUUCCAAUUCAAAUGUCAAGAAAAGUUCCAGCAUAUUUUUGGACUCAUCAACGAUGUGAUAAUCGACAUUUAUCAAUAUGUCGUAAACCAGGCUUUGAUUAUCAUGCACGUUCUGAAUUAUCAGCAAAAGAAGAGAGACGAUUGAUAAAACAGAACAACUGGGAAUGUUCUAAUGGAUAUAAAUUAUUCAGAGGAAUGUGUUAUAAAUUAUAUGGAACAAAUGCUAACGGUGUAACAUUUAGUGAAGCUAUUCAACGUUGCAAAAUUGAUAAAGCUAAUUUGGUUAGCUUAACUGAUAUCUAUGAAAAUGGAUUUGUUACAUCAAUGUUGCAAAAUUUAAAUAGUAAUGCAUGGAUUGGUAUGGAUAUGACUGAUGGACGAGUACGAUGGUUGGAUGGUGAACCAUUAAAAUUGAUCCGUUUUGGUCCGGAUAAUAGGGUAAUCCGGAUUGGUGGUGAUCGGCAUAUUUAUCAAAAUGUUGGUCAAGCUGGCUUUUCCAACGAGGCUUGUGUUGCAUUAGAUGCUACAAAUAUGAUCGGAUAUUGGGAUAUUAUCUUCAAUAAAACUAGUAAAUUAUAUUUAUUUUCAGCAUAA